ACAAUGAUCAUUUACACAUACUCGCCUUUUUUAAUGCCCAUGGCUGGAAAACUACUGAAGGAAUUCAGAGCAAACAAGUUAACUUUUCUUUUUCUUUUAUUUAUUUAUUUCUUUUGGGUGUAACAGGAGGAGGAGGAGGGUCUCUCUCUGUGGUCUCCUCAAAUCCAGCCAUAAACCACAGAGAACAAACGCAGAUCUUCCACUAUCUCCUCUUUUAAGGGUGGCGCUCCAACACACAGGCAGGACACAUCAGACUGCAUGACAGCCUCUGAAGAAGAGGGAAGCAGUGGAAGAUCUGGAACAUCUAACCACUGGGAUAAUGGAGUUUUCCUCAUAUCUGCUUCUGCUCCUGGUGGCUCUCAGUGUUUCAGCUGUUCAGGAAGGCUCGAAAGAACCACAUGAGGUUUUAUCACCAGAUGCAGAAGAUAAAACAUUCUUAUUAGGUGGUUGUUUGCCUCAAGGGAAGAACUCCUCGCUGGAAUUUCCAUUAACUUUUGGAUGCUCUGGUAAAGAGAGACACUCCUUGUACCACAACUACGGCAGUCACUCCAACAACUGGAUCGUGAAGGCUACUGUCCAGUUUGAUGGUGUGGAGGUCUACUGCUUCAUCCAAAAAACAACUGGUGCCUGGACGUACUCUCCCUGGAGAUUAGAAUUGAUGGAUGUGGAUUACACAUUUCGUAAUUAUUCUAAAAAGCUCUACCACCAUCUAAAAGAGACGGACAGUGACUUGACACAGAGAUAUGGCUGUGAGGCUGAGAGAUCCUCUAGUGGAGCUGUGACCUUACUGAGUUCUACAGCUGAAUUCAGACUCAAUGGAAAGAUCGUCCUCCGCUUUAAUGCUGACAGAGAUCAGUGGGAAGCGCUGGACAAAAGGUUCCAAGCAGUUAAAACAGAAUGGGACCGUUUAACCCACUUCAAUCAGAUCAUCAAGCACUAUCUGCUGCAAGGCUGUACAGACAGACUGCGGUCUUACCUGCAAUAUUACGAUAAGCACAUCAGAAACAGAACUUCUGGUGUGGAUCCUAGUGAUAAACCGCUGCUUUACACUGAAUGUCCUGAUGAGGACAUCAGACAUAGCACUUCUGGUGUGGAUCCUAGUGAUACACAUAGGCAGAAGAUGGAUAAGGAAGAAAAAGAGGGAGCUGGGGUAUUCUCAGUUCUCUCAUGCGUAGUAAUUGCCUGUGUUGCUGCUGUGAUGGCUUUUGCACUUCUUCUGAAAAAAUUGGGGAGGAAACUUUUUGAAAAAGUUGUUGAAGUUAUUAAACACACCUGCAGAAGACAUUCAGAUGUAAUGAAUGACCACCAGGAUGGAGGAGAUGCAGUUCAGACUCAGAGGCGGCUCCGUUCUACAAGCAUCUCUCUCUGAGUUUGGAAGAGGGAAUUCGGGGGCUAUCUGGGUGUGAUCUGGACUUAUGAGCCGUAUGAGCUCUGACUCCCAGUGAGAUGAUUCAGCUGAGGAGGCCAUUACUGCUAAACAUCAACACCAGCACUCAGAGAAGAAGAUCCUCACAAUCUGUAUCUCUUCAACAAAACGUCUACUUCAUGCCUAUUACUCCAAAUGUUUACCCCAUACUCCAAAUGUAGUUGCUUCUUCGUUAUUAUUUCAACUUAAUUUAACCAAGGUAGAAACACUGACAUUUGACAGGUUUCAUUCAGAUAUCCGGACCAGACACUGUGAGUGCGGGAUGUACGGGAACCCCAAUUCCAGUGAAGUUGGGACGUUGUGUAAAACAAAUAAAAACAGAAUAUGAUGAUUUGCAAAUCCUU